AUGAUGCUAGUGAAAUUCUAUUACAAAUCUAAACCUUCGAAGAAGAAGCAAUCUAGAUUGAAGAAAAUUGUGUCUUUCAAGUACUCAAAGAUUCCACAUGAUCAACGAAAGUUGGCAUCUUUCAUGUCAGAUAUCCAGACGAAGCAGCUAGAUGACUCAGAUGAUGUUCAUCCUCUCAACAUCAGUUAUCUUCUUGGAAAGGAGAGCAUGAGCUCUACUUCUAGUGACGGCGAAUCUUGUCAUGUUGAAUCCCCAGACGACAUGGAUUUUGAAACAAAGAAUUUAUUUUGGAAAAAUAAGAAUGUGGAGCUAACUGCAUAUUUGAGCGGCUACAAAAGGCUCUAUCGAGUGCUAGAGCAACGUAAACGGGUACUGAAGGGUUUGGCAUGA